AUGCUCCUAUACUCGUCCACACCCCGACUGUGUGCUCCUCCUCUCCUGCCCCCAGGCAUCGAGCCGAUGGACGCGUGGCGCGAGCUGCUCGUCCGCUUCACGGCGCCGCAGGGGGGCUCAUCUCGCUCGUCGGCCGACGACUUGACCGUGACGCGCCGCCUCACGUCCGAGAGCAAGCACAAGCUCGCGAUGCACGCGCUCGCGCUGGCGCUCUGGAUUGGCCACGGGCAGGGCGACACGGCCGAGCUGGCCAAGCUGCUCUCUCUCACGCCCAAGGAGGCGAACCUCUACCUCCGCCAACUCGGCUGUGCGAUGCCGCGCACGCGAGGCUCGACGGCGUGCAGCCUCAAGCUGCCGCUCGAGCUGCCGCGGGUCGAGCAGGGCCGCGCCGCGCCAAAGAAGCGGUAGCUGAGCCGCGAGCGCCACGUGCCGCGCGUCCGCCGCCCGGAGAGGAAGGCGCGCAGCCAGGCCAGGUCGCCCCGAGCCAGGUCGGCGAGGCGGUUGUUGGCAAGAGGGCGCCGCUCAUUCCCGAUUCCGCCCUGAGAAAAAAACUCCAUUUUCUUUUUUC